CUCCGAGCUGAGUCGAGCCGUUAGUGUCGUUGUCGUAGGAGAGAAUGGUAGUAAUGUGUAUCGCGGAGUAUCGUGCACCCUGAAGGACGUUCGUCAUCGUCGAUCGAGUUCUUUUUUUUUUUUUUUCAAAUUCGUCCUCUUCUUUGUCCGUCGACGAAAAAAUUGAGGUUCAGCGAUCGUGGAAGCUGGACCCGAUUCGUGAACAGUUCGUGACCUGUUUCGUGAGGAUCUUUUGUCACGGAUGCUCGAGAAGCUCGGGGAAGACGACGACGACUACCUGUUGCCCUCCGUAUCGUAGUAGCUGAUAGUGGUGUGAGGUGAAGGUAACAGACGUAGGAAAAAAGGAGUCGAGGAGGAAAACUAAAGAAGAAGAAGAAGAAGAGGAUACCAAGAUGCCCUGUUCCGCGGUGACGCUGUCCCUCGCGACCAUAACCGGUAUCAUUGCCACUGGCCUCCUAGCGAUCGCCUUUUCCACGGACAACUGGCUCUACACCGAGGUCAAACGUGCCCAAAUCCAGCAAUAUGCAGCCAAGCAUGCCGAGCAGAGCCACUUGGUGGAGCAAAUGAACACGAAAUAUUAUUAUUACACAAGGACGCAGGGUCUCUUCAGGAUAUGUUAUCCCAAAGAGAGGCCGCCAACCGUUCAAACGUAUCUAAGUCCAGUGGAGACCCACUGUAUGAAUAUUAAUUACUUCAUUCCGGAUGAAGAAAAUUUAACAAGAGGCUUCUCGGACGAUGCUAUGACCCGACUUCACAUGGGCAGAUCUGUGAUAGCUCUGUUUAUAGUGGGAUUCGUUGCGAUCUUUACGGCAUUCUGGACAGGUGUGGUGGGCUGUUGGAAGAGGUCACCAGGAAAUAUCACAGCCACCGCUAUUUUAAUGCUCUUAGCAUGUUUGUUGAGCGCCAGUGGUAUGGGACUUUGGCACGGGGUGGAGUAUUAUGAGAAAGAGAAGAUCGUGGGAGAAGAGUAUUACCAACAAUGGAGCAACGUUUUAAGGGACAACACGGUCCAGUGGUACGGCUGGUCAUUUUACCUCGCCUGGCUGGGGGUGGCCGCGUGUUUCGGCACGAUGCUGCUGUUCCUGAUCGCGGCAUCCUGUCUGCGACGGGAGCAUGCCCGCGAACAGGCACAGAACGUUCAAUACAUAAUGCCAGUAUAUCCUCAAAAGCAACAAUACGCAUAUGCAGGCUAUCCAGCACCUGCGGCAUAUCCUGGACCAUACUACCAUGGAUCGCAGUACGGGCCGUAUAAUUAUUGAAAGGGUCCCGUGUCAUCUCUGUCGAUAAAGGAAAGUCUCGGAGCGCGGAGCGUGAAACGUGCUCGCACUGAAUAAAACGAAAUCUGGCAAACGACGUUUCCCAGGGGAACGAUAAAAAACGCAACGAACGAGACACAAAACAAAGAGUCUGAAGCUAAUCAUAAAUUCAAACGAGCCUGGGCGACAAGAGAAAAGAAGGAAAAAAGGAUAAAGGAUGACCUUGGACCCCGCCCUAGACAUAAUUUAUCAUUUUUUUUUAAAUGCUACAUUAAGGACAUUCUUUGGUGCAAACUCGCGGAUCCCACGGUCUCCGAUAUCCAAAUUUCUCUGUCAACAGGUGUUCGUUUGAAUAAAAGAUUCAGUUCGAACUCGCAAAAGAGACAGUUGCUCAAAAAGUUCACGUAUUAAUAUUUACUUAGAACUGAGAUGACCUUAUAUACAUAUACAUAUGUAUUUUUGUUCUUAAAUCUAAUAUUUGUAUUUGUAUUACUCUUCGUACGUGCUGACCGUGCUAGGACAAUAAUAAAUAGUUAAUGGUAAAUAGUAACAAUAAUGCGUAUCGAGCGUGGGAGAGAAUUGAUCGUUUGUUGCACGUUUGAUUUGGCUACGUGAUCUUUCUCAGGGAAAUGAAGAACGGUUUGACAUUCAACAUUUACCCGCUAUAUCGUAACGUCGAAUUUUUGAAUGUAUCAUGCGAACAUGUAUUGUAUAAAUCUCUCGUAGUGCCUUAUCUUUGAGUACCUUAUUUUUCUUUUAAGUUUACAACACUGCGUUAUUGAAUAUAUUUCCCUUCAGGAAUUUGUUAUACUUCGAAAGGGUACUUGAGCGAUAAGGAGAAAUCGGUAUACGGUGUAAAAACUAAGCGAAACAAGAAGAAGUGUAAGGAAAAAUUCGGCAGCAUGGUGCAAGAGAAAUAUCCGUUAGUCACAUCGAUGUAUGUAAAAAUAGGUGCAUUCGCAAAUAUCUCGUUUCAUAAUAACGAUUCGCGUCAUCGAUUCACUAGACUUUCUAACGUCAUAGAUUCUCUAUUCUAUUUUUAAUAACGUCGAUUUAUAAGAUUUCUUAUUACGGUACCUUUACGUAUUAAUUCUUCGAGUAAAUAAAGUAAAUCGGACUUUUAGUAUAAGUAUCAAAUUUUGUUUCGAAACCAUUUAAUGUUCCCAGAAAUAGGUACUAUAAAAAACCUAACCCUUUAUAUACUACGAACGGUGCGACGUAUCAUUAAAAGUUGUUUAAUAUA